GGCAUCUUGCCCCAAUUUCCCCUUUCCACCCUGCCCCCAUGUCGAGACGCGCCCGUCGCGAGGCCGUCUCAUCCCUUGCAAUCGUCCUUCCUCAUCCUGAGCUUCCUCGGCGUCAUUCUUCUCGUUCUUCACUCCUUUCACAGAAUUCAGUAUCAACACCUCGCACACCAAGAAGUUCAGGCUGCGCAACUUCAAGAUGUCAAUCCUGGUUGAUGACAAGCAAUACCGGUAACAGGAAGAGCACAGAUAGCUGGAAUAGCUCAAAUCUAGAUUUUGGAGAGGACUGCGACGCGGAAUGGAAGCCAGACCAGAUGUUAUUACUCUCACGGACUCUCGAUGCUCUUCCAGCACAUCUCACUCCUUUCAAUGGACCCAUUCCUCCUCCCAACCUUCUUGACAAGAUCGCUCGAGGCGUUUUCAACGCGAAAGGUCCCAACGAAUGGCCUCACUCUCUCCGUGCCACUCGUGUUAAACUUAUCGAGAUUGCUCGUCAGCGUGCCAAAGAUGAACAUUCAACGAGAUCUUCCCGACCUAUCGUCGACGAGAAUGAUGAGAUACGAUGCUACACUCCUGAGAGUGAUGUCAACCUUAAUUAUUCUCGCAAGAGUUCAAUAGGCAUCAGGCGUCCCCUUUAUCGGCAGUCUAGUAUGGAUUUCAUGAACACAGAUGACCGGAAAUCGACGGAUGCCGACAGUAUAAACCGCCUUUCAACUCGGUUGCAACGAACAGAAAAUUCGCUCUCCACCAAUAACUUCCAUCCGUAUACGCGCUCUCGUGCUCGAGCUUUAACUCAAUCAUUAGCUCAAGCGCGCCAGGGUCAGAUGCAUCGUCGUCGAUCACCCUCGCCACCACCUCGUGAAAAUGUCCCUUCCCUUAUCAGUCCUUCGACCCCAAGCUCUUCCACUCUCAACACUCUUUCAUCAUUGUCCACUUCUGCCGCCCGUCCUCGUUUCGUCAGGAGAUCAGCCUCGACGUUGACCAACAGUGACAUUUCAGUGCUGAGUAGUAGAAGCAGUCUAGGUGAAGAGCCUGCUCCUAACCUUCUUCCCUCCGCUGUCACCAGUUCUAUUGACCUGCGUAUGCAACGGUUAAAGCGGUCAGAGUCAUUCUAUGUCCCUUCUCACACAUCCAGCGCCUUUGGGUCUCCCAUCCGGGAAGAAACUACCCCUUCCGGAACGCCUCCUCCUCCUAAGCAAUCAUUCAAACGAGCACCUUCCUACGGAAUGCUGGCCCAAGAAGCGAGAGACAGAGAGAAGGAAAAGAGAAUUAGCGGUGUCAUUCACCUCGAAGGCAGGGACCGCAUGAAUGCCAGCCCGUGCCCGUCAAGUGAUGAGGAGGAGAAGGUUAGAGAUAAACAAGCCAAAAAACCUAGGGUUCCAGGCUCGAAGAAUAUCAAUCGCGCAGUCCCACAACAAGAUUCUCUAGAGACGGACAUCAAAAAGACGAACAAGGGAGUCUCCAAGCUUCUCAACUGUACCGACAAAGGCUCGAAGAAAAAGAAGCCUUCCUCUUCAUCGUCUAUGAUUCCUGAAUCGAGUACAAAUGGCGGGACUCGCCCUCGCAUGAAUCUUCAAAGGAACCCUAGUAUAUUUGGAGAGGAGCUACCCCAUCUUCACAUACCUUCUACUUCAACUUCGCGUGCGCUAGUAGAACCAGUACAGCAUGCUGCUCGGUCACCAUCCACUCCAACACCAUGUGCUGAUACACCGGAAGUGGUCCCGACUGAUCCGCAGCGUAAAGUGAAAACGUUGCGUCGCGUAAAGCGGUUGGCACCGUCAAGGAAGAUCUCAUUCGGAAGCCUGGUUCCGCCAGCAGGGGAGGACGUGAUCGAGGAGGAUAACGAGGAUAAUGGGAAAAUGCUCGGAAGUGCAUUCCAAUUAAGCUAAAGGGACAUGGGAGAGGCUACGUCGAAAAGGAGGGAAAAUAUUCUCUGCCAUUCUUGCAGAUUGCACAGACAUUGCCCAGCCCGACAAUUUCAGACACCCCAUCAUUUUUAUCACAAAUCCCGGUAUGCGGGCGAAACCCACCACUCCAAACAAGCAAAAACAACUUUGACAUCAUCCUCAACAUACCGUUAACCAACCAACCACAACUACCCAUUUUUUGAACUUGCCUUGUGGCGAAACCCCGUCAACUUUUACUAAACCAGACUCAAUAUCCCCAAAACACACACACUCCUUACUCUCUGUCCGCUUCAAAAUUCGUUCUCCACGAGACAUCACCAACUCUGCUAGAUUCUUUCGGUCAUGUUUCAAUGUUGUGGAGUAUCGCUUCUGUUACCCGCUCUGCAUCGUUCAUGCUUUACUUGUGACAAGACAUUCGUUCCUCUUCUUUGCUACAUCUUUCUUCCUGCUCCGUUCCCUUGUGUGUAUCAUUAAUCAAUUGCUUCGCAUCAUUCAUCUUAGUUUGUACAUCCUUCAAUCACCCAUCAACCAUCUUCCAAGUUUCAGGCCUCAUACCGAGGGUCCGGCCGUCCUUCUUUGCUGCAUUUACCACUCCUUCUGUUCUGCCCAUCCCAUCAAUACCGUAUCAGGGACCUUAACACUCAUUUUACUUCUCAUUUUCGCCAUCCAUUCGGUUUACUCUUUCGAUUUCAUAACUGUCCACUCAUUCUGCUCAUUCUGCAUCACCUCAUUCAUUUGAACAUAAAAUCUUUCUCGUCGCAUCUCUCUUGGAUAGUUCGUCGGGACGAGCGUGUAUUCCUAUCUCGCUUCAUUACACUUAUCUAUCUUAAUGCUAUAUUGCAGCUGCUUUACGCUUUUGGCCUUGGUCCUUUCACCGCCCGUUCACUUUUGUUCACUUUCCACUUCUCUUCUCGCCUUUGUGAUAUUGCGAUUCUUCCUUCAGCCUGCCCGCAUCAUACGCCGCCGCGUGCCCUUGGGUACACAAAUUUCCUUCCAUUCCUGUCAACUUUUCUUUGUAUAUAAAUCAUCCUCCACUUUCGUGGAUUGGUUACGGUCUGCAGUCUCUGUAAAUAUGUACCACAAUCAUACAAAGCUUCAAUUGGAGAAUCCCCUAAUACUAGUUC